UGUAAUUAAAUGGCGAUUCUUGAACAACAUUCUAUCUCUGUGUACAUAAAUAAUUCUUGCAAAAUAUCUGUUAUUGACUUUCUAAUCUUCGUUAUUAUUAAUUGCAUCACUUCUCAAAAUGCGUUCUAUUGUGGAAAUAGGUGCUAGUGUUCCAGCAUUUCUUGGAAAAUUAUGGAAAUUAGUAAACGAUACAGAGACAAAUCAUUUGAUUUCAUGGAGCCCUGGAGGAAAAACAUUUGUCAUAAAAAAUCAAGCAGAUUUUGCUCGGGAGCUAUUACCUCUUUACUAUAAACACAACAAUAUGGCAAGUUUUAUUAGGCAAUUGAAUAUGUAUGGCUUUCACAAAAUCACCUCUGUUGAAAAUGGUGGCCUGAGAUAUGAAAAAGAUGAUAUAGAAUUUUCUCAUCCUUGUUUUAUGAGAGGUCAUGCAUAUUUACUGGAGCAUAUUAAAAGGAAGAUUGCAAAUUCAAAGUCUGUUGUAAGCAGUGAUGGUAGUGAGAAAAUUAUUCUUAAACCAGAGCUUAUGAAUAAAGUGUUAGCAGAUGUAAAGCAAAUGAAAGGGAAACAAGAGAGUCUUGAUGCUAAGUUCAGUGCCAUGAAACAAGAAAAUGAAGCAUUAUGGAGGGAGGUGGCCAUACUGCGACAGAAGCAUAUUAAACAGCAGCAAAUAGUCAACAAUCUCAUCCAAUUCUUGAUGUCACUAGUGCAGCCAACUAGAGCUUCUAAUGCCAAUGGCAAUAAUGUUGGUGUGAAAAGACCAUAUCAACUCAUGAUAAACAAUGCAGCACAUAACUCUGCCACAGACACUUCUUACCCUGGUAAAAUGAAGAAUAUUAGACUCGAUAAAGACAUGCUGUUAGAAGAUGUGAAUGAAGAUAAUUUGGAAGAUGGACCUACUAUUCAUGAAUUGGCUCAUGAUGAUAUUUUACAUAAUGAUGAAUCUCAAGAGUCAUUGGAUGGAAAUAAUUUUAUAACUGUAGAACUGCCUGCUAUUCCCACUGAGCAAAGUCCGGUUGAUCCUGUAGGAGCCCUUCAAUACCAUGUGACUAUGGAUGAAGCUGAUGAUUCACAAUCAGAUGCUGCAAGAGUUAUUCCAGUUUAUCCUUCAUAUAGAAUAAACAGCACUUCACAAACUAUUGACACUACAAACACCUUACCUGUAUCAUCACCAACAUCCACUGCAACCAAACCUGUAUCACCAGAGCAACUAAACAAUCCUGUCAUAUCCCUUGGAACUCCUAAAUCGAAAGGUAGAAAUUUAAACAAGUCUAAUAUAUUGCAAAGCGGCAAAUCAUUGUCUUCAAAUAACUUCAACACGACAAUGUUAUUGGGUUCAAGUCCAUCAGCUGAUUUGAAGCUUCCUGCUGAAAUAUUUGCCAGUGAUGAUUCUGCGAGUGAUAUUGGAGUUCCAGUAGCAGAAAGUCUACCAGUUCCUAAUAUUCUUGAAGAAUCUAUUCUAAAUACAGAUACUUCUUCUGUUUUGAGAAAAGAUAAAAUGCUUGGCGAUAUAAAAUUAGAAAAACCAAUGAACACAGUGAAGUCUCUUGAGAAAUCUAAAAAGUCUAACAAGGACAAUGUACCUGAUGCUGUUAACUUAGCUGACAUUAAGACUGAAUUACAAGAUGAUCUUGAUUGGAGUAACAUGACUCUAGCUACUGUAAAUAAUAACACUAAUAUCAACAGAUAUCAGAGCAGGGGUAGAAGAGAUAACAUCGGAAAAAAUCUAGAGGAAUUUACUUCUCUUUAUGGAACAAAUUCAAACAAGGAUGAUAUUGAUGACCAUCUGGAUACUAUGCAGUCAGACCUUGAAUCAUUAAGAGAAUUAUUGCGUGGAGAUGGAUAUUCUUUAGAUACGAACACACUGUUGGGGAAUGCUGACGCAACUCUAUUAGGACCUACGAUGUCUUUCACCAUUCCUCAUUGUCAACACGCCACAAAUAAUUAUUUAUUUGGAGCUGAUGAUCCUUUUUAUGGCCUCACAUAUAACGUGGACGAGAGAGCAAAGUCAUCAAAUAGCGCAAAGAAGCUCAAAGGUGAGAUUUUGAAAGUAAGCAGCGACGAAAAUCGCGUUGAAGAUCUGAAUACUGACGAUGAUGUUGAAGAGAAUCAGCUUAUAUCAUAUACAGGAAAUGUUCCAAACUUUGAUGAUAUAAACAUGUCAGAUUUGGAUGUUGAAAAUACUGAAGAUACCUGUGUGUCGCCCACUCCGUGCAGCUCUACACUGAAUACACCACAAGUUGAGAUUCGGUCUCCGGCUAAUUGGCGAUUGAGGCCAUGAGAAACACCGAAAAGUGGACGUCGCCGGGCGAAACGCAAAAUCAACAAGUGAACUAUUGUUUGUAUUAUAAAGAGUUAUACAUUUUAAAAAGAGUUUGUAAUUAGAUUGUAUUAUCUAGGGUAUGUAUUACUCUAACUAUUUGUCAUUAUUUUGUACAGUUUCAGAAUUUAUUACUUUAUUUUUAAUUAUAUUGUAAUUAAAAAUUGACUUUUCAAUAAAAAAAAAAUCUAAUAAGAACAUUGAAAUCUUGCUACGUUCGUCGAGACAUACUGAUAUGAAGAUCUCUUGCUGAUCUAAAGAAUUUUAUAAAAACUGAAAAUAAUGUGUUGUCAUAUAAUAACAGUUAUGAAAAAAAAAUGAAUUGGUUUUGAAAAUGAAUAAUAAAUAAUUAAUACGUAUGCGUACGAUUAGGCCAAACGAAAGGCUAAAUGCGAAUAAGUCCAAUUUACAUUUACUUUUACACGCGCACGUUCAAUUAAUAAUUAAUUUAUAUUACAUGAUAGUAAGUAACAUAUUCCUUCAUUUUUGUAUGUUUUGCUCGAAUGAAUAUAAAACUUAUUUAAUUGCAAACUGAUAAAUUAUACCAAAUUAAUUUUAUUUACUAAAUACAUUUAAUGUAUCUUUACUUUGUGCAAUUGAAAAUGAUAUUAUUAAAUAUCUUCAUAGUCUUUGUGGUACAUUUUAAAAACAAAAUAGUUAUAAUAUAGUGCAGAUAUUUUCGUGUCAUUUGUAAUAGACAUAUUUAAGAAAUAUUUCGUUUGAAAUAGUUUUGUUCAUUCGUUAAAAUGAUUUGUUCAGUAGAGUACAUAUGAUCUGCCUGAUCAUAUUAUACUGAGCAUAUGAUUCUUAAAGUAUUCUAUUGCUGUUGCUAAAGCUGUAAAGGCCAGCUUCGGCAGUUGCCCUUUACAGUUUUUCCAGAUCUAAAUGGGUCCGGUUGCAGAGGACACUCCCAAACAAAUUAAAGGCCAACUCUUGCCUUUUCAAUACAACUUUACUCUGAGGUCACCAUUAGGAGUUCGUUUGAAGGGGGAGAUUUUUUUUUAUAUAACUAAAGACAGUGAUUGCCCUAGUCAAUACUAAUUAUGAUACAUUAUCUUGCAAAAUUAUGAAUUAUUUUAUGUAAAACAGAAGUAACAUGUGCGUAAUACUUUGCCAGUCUCCGCCUACUUUAUUUAUAGACAUACUCGUAUAUUGAUUAAUGUAGACAUCUACGUUGUUUAUAAUUAUUUACUCUGUAAAUAAUACUUAAAUGUAUAUACGAUAGUCACCAUAACAUUUGUUUCCAUCGUAGGAUCUCUGCUCCAAAUUUUAUUCAAUUCUGCCAUGUAGAUUAUCCGUGUCAAUUACAAUCGCAUUUAUAUUAUUUAUAUUAAUAUAUUGUAAUGAACAAUAUAUUUCAUGUCACGAUUCAUUAUGUCAUCUUUAAUUGCACAACGUGUUUUUAUGCUCGUCCUUUUUUUUUGCGGAGUGCAUAGCAAAUGUUUUUAAUCGUACCUUAAGUUAAAUAUAAAUUUGUUAUAUUUAUAUUCUGUUUAGAAAUGGCGCCAAUGUCAAUACACGAGCUGUUUUAUAGUGGUAAGAGCUGAGCCAUUGAUUCAAUUGUCUAUGACAGACGUUUAUAUCUCUAUUAAAUUAUUGGUAUAGAAAAUAUGUGGUAUUGAAGCGAUAUAUCUGUGAUUAUUAUAUGUAUAUUACUGUAAAUGAAAAGUGAAACUAGAGCAGCAUGUGUAUUUUCAUUAUCUGGUUAUUACUUGUAACAUUGUAGCUGUAAGAUGUACCUUAAUAUAAGAUAUACUUUAAUAUAAUAGUCCGCGAUCCAGAGCCUUCUUUUUGUCACUUAUUUCCUUCCGGUUGAAAACCUCUAAAAUGUUUAAGAAAAUUGUGUUAUGAAUCUUAGUAAAAGUCAGCUGCGUUUCCUAGGGUAGAUUGAAGAGCAGCACCCUCGCGAGCAUAUAAAACAAAUUCAGUAAUUUCCUCCCAGUUCAAAUUGCUAACAAAUUAUAGUUAAACCUAUAUAUUGAAGAUAAAAAAAAUUGCCAGCUGGCCGU